AUGAAAAGAAGAGAGCGUAGUUGGAUGUAUGAUAGACUCGACGGGCGCAAUCUUAAGCCCGACUUUCUCAAGGGGGUUGGAGAGUUCAUUGAGUUUUGCAAAGAGCAUCCAACAUGCAAUGAUGGUGACAAAAUAAGAUGCCCAUGCCCCUUGUGUGAUAACAGGCGUUUUCAUGAUACUGAAACAGUUAGAGUACAUUUGUACAAGAAGGGGUUUGUUCGUAAUUACUAUCAAUGGAUAUGUCAAGGGGAAAGCUUAGUAGAGUCCUCGCGUGUUCAGCCAAAUCAAUAUCGGGAUAUGGUUAUUGAUGCUCUUGGAAAUAAUCAAGAGCAUUUGGUGAAUGAAGAGGGUAAUUCAGUUGAAGAAGAACCAAAUGAUGAAGCUAAGAAGUUUAUAGACCUUCUAAAGGCAGCUCGAGAUCCAUUAUAUGAAGGGAGCAAACUCUCUGUGUUGGAGAUGGCAUCAAGAAUUGCAAGUUUGAAAUGUGAAUUCAACUUACAACACAGGUGUGUGGAUGGGUUUGCAUCUUUGAUGAAUGAUGCGAUUCCAAAUAACAACCAAAUGGGUAGAACUUUCAAUAGCACAAAGAAGGUUCUUGAGGGCUUGGAACUUCCUCAAGAGAGGAUCCACACAUGCCCUAAAGGUUGUUUGCUCUUCUGGAAAGGCGAUGCACAGUUAGAUAAAUGUAGAGUAUGCGGAAGUGAUCGGUAUAAGAAGACUGCAAAGGGUAAGCUUAUUCCAGCAAAAGUUCUAAUCUAUUUUCCAAUCACACCGAGGUUGCAAAGGUUGUAUGCUACCAAGAACAUUUCGGAGGAUAUGACUUGGCAUGCCAAGAAUCCCCGAGUUCAAAACACCUUCGCACAUCCUAGUGAUAGUCAAGCGUGGAAGCACUUGGAUACAACCUUUCCUAAUUUCGCAUCAGAGCCACGAAAUGUCAGGCUUGGUUUGUGCACGGAUGGAUUUGCCCCCCAUGGUAAAUUUGGAUCCUAA